UCCACCCCCGCUAGGGUUUCCGAUUCGAUUUCGCCUCGUUUCCUCUCUCUUCGUCUUAUCAGGAGCUCCGACACCUCGACGACGACCUCUAAUGGCGGAAGAGCUCUCUUAUUCUUCUUCUCGACCGGAUAACAAGCGAAAGUUCGACGACCCGUCCGCCGCGGCCGCGCCACCAACGCGCCGCCCAACGGGCUUCUCUGCGCCGAUCUCGUCGCCGCCGCCGCCGCCGCCGCCGGAGAGCGGAUCCGGCGCGGCGGCGACGCCGUCCUACAACAGCGUCCCACCGCCACCAGAUGGGAUCCAGCUCGCGAAGCAGCGGGCGCAGGAGAUCGCGGCGCGGCUCUUCAGCGACGCCGAGGCGAAGCGCCCCAAACUGGAGAACGGUGGCGGCGCCACUGAGGGGAGUGACCAUUUGCAGAAGCCCACACUACCUUCUCAGCUCGCUAGCCCAGCAUAUCCGACAUAUGGCUAUCAGGGUUCAAGUAAAAAGAUAGAUAUACCGAAUGGAAAGGUUGGUGUUAUCAUUGGAAAAGGUGGAGAGACUAUUAGAUAUCUUCAACUGCAGUCUGGAGCCAAGAUUCAAGUAACUAGAGAUAUGGAUGCUGAUCCGAAUGCUCAGACAAGAGCUGUAGAAAUUUCUGGCACUUCCGAACAAAUUAGCAAGGCUGAGCAGUUAAUUAAUGAUGUGCUUGCUGAGGCUGAUUCUGGAGGCUCUGGCAUUAUUUCUGCUCGUCUAUUUGGUGGUCCCCAAACUGGUGCAGAACAAUUUCAAAUGAAAAUUCCUAAUAGCAAGGUUGGUUUGAUUAUUGGGAAAGGUGGAGAAAGUAUUAAGAGCAUGCAGGCAAAAUCUGGCGCCCGUAUUCAGGUGAUACCUUUACAUCUGCCUCCUGGUGAUACAUCGACUGAAAGAACAGUUUAUAUAGAUGGUACAAAGGAGCAAAUUGAAGCAGGAAAGCAGUUAGUGAAUGAAAUCGUUAACAGUGAGAAUCGUGUCAGGAACCCAACCAUGACUGGAGGCUACUCUUCACAAGGGUACCGCCCUCCCCGCCCCCCGACAACAUGGGGCCCACCAGGGGCGCCCCCCAUGCAGCAACCUGGCUACGGGUACAUGCAACCUGGAGCUUAUCCUGGUCCACCCCCUCAGUAUAACAUGCCUCAACAACAGUACCAAAGCUAUCCCUCACCAGCAUCCGGUGGUUUCCAGUCCAGUUGGGACCAAUCCAAUCCCUCUAAUCCACCAGCUCAGCAAUCUGCUCCAGGGACCGGAUAUGAUUACUAUAACCAGCAGCAAACACAGCAACCUAGUGGUGGGCCUUCUGCACCUGCUGACAAUACUGGUUACAAUUACGGUCAGCCCUACAAUUCUCAGUAUUCCUAUGGCGACUCCACUUAUUCACAGUCGACAGUUGGUCAACAAGGCUAUGGGCAGGAUAGCUAUUCUCAGCAAGGUUAUCCUCCAGCGCCACAGCAAGGUUAUUCUCAGCCAGUAUCAGCACCUCAAACCGGCUAUGAUCAUCAGCAAGGUUAUGGCACGACACCUGGUUAUGGAGCAGCUGCUAACCCUAAUCAGGAAGGUUCCUCAGCUCAACAAGCUCCCCUUUCAACUACUGUGAGCUAUCCUACUCAAGGCACUCCUUCAGGAUAUGGUCUGCCUCAAACUUCUCAGCCAGGUUACGGAGGCCAACCUCCAGCUCAGGCCGGAUAUCCUAAUUACGGGCAGCCCCCACCACAAGGCCAAAAGCCACCUCCACCUACUUCAGCUUAUGGGCAGGGCCCGCCACCAGUGCCUACUCAAUCCAGCUAUGGUACUUAUCCGCCUUCUGGGUACGGGCAACAGCAAGCGUAUGGUGGUGCAGGUACUACCAGCCAGCCGGCAUAUGGGCAGCAACCGCAGGCUUAUACCGAUCCUCAUGGUAGCGGUGGGUAUUCUUCACAGCCGCCGCCUGCGUAUUCUAGUGACAGUACAGGACAAGGGGCGGUUUAUGAUCAAUCUACUGCUGCCACUGCUGCUGCUCCGCCAUCCGCUGCUUCUACUGGAGCGACCAAAGCUUCUCCGAGUUGAUAUGUUUUGGUAAGUUUUCUCUGCAGGUUUCUACUCCGGCAUUCUAAUAUUUGGAUAGUUAGAAAGACAAUUUUACUGUUUAACUUUGUCCUUCAUUAAGGUGCUUUUGGUAACUGUAGUUGUCUUUUGUUGAAUAACUGUUGUUGACCUAUCACUUUUCUUGUAUCCUUUAUACUUUCGCUGUGUGUUAUUAACUCAGGUAAUGCAUCAGUGAUUUGGGAUUUUUUUUUUUUUU